AUGGAAGGAUUUUUUCAUCGAAUUUGGAAAGAUAAAGGGAUUGACAAAGUGUCCUUACUUGCUCAUGGUAUCUUCAUUGUUAGAUUUUAUACUGAGGAAGACAGAAAUAAGAUUUUAGCAGGAGGCUAUGUUUUCUUUGAUAAAAAACCCCUUAUCAUGAAACCUUGGAAUGCCCAUGAUAAAUUCUAUAAAGAAAACUUGAGCAAAGUUCCUGUGUGGAUUCAGAUUUCUAACCUCGAUAUUAAGUAUUGGGGUUUAGGCACCAUGAGGAAAAUCCUUGCUCAAGUUGGAUGCCUUCUCAAACAGGAUCAAGCCACUAGAAACCGAGAUCGACUUGUGUAUGCUCGUGUUAUGAUAGAAGUCUCUCUUAACCAAGAAUUACCUGAACAGAUUGCCUUUGAAGAUGAAGUUGGAGAGGCUGUCUAUCUUAAUAUCUGCUAUGAAUGGAAGCCCAUUAUUUGUAAGGGGUGCAAGAGACUUGGGCAUUCUCAAGAUCAAUGUAAAAAAGGCAUACAUAAAGACCCGAAAUGGAUUCCUAAAGUGGCUACUAAUAAGGUGGCUAUUCCUGAACACACUGAGGAGGCUCCUACCAAGAAGCCUGACCUUACUAAGAAAAAGGAUAAAGAGGUGAUUGUGCAACCUCUUGGAAAUGUAAAACUGAAAAAUGGAAUAUGGCAGAGAAAGAGCAUCAAGGAGAAAAAUUCUGAGGAUAAAGAGGAUGAUGCAGUCCAGUUGAGUAACAAAUAUCAAGCCUUAAAUGUUGAGGCCUUUGUUGAGUUACAAGUGGGACAGAUAUUGUGUGAAAUGUUGGCAACAGGUGGGGGAGGAGGAAUUCCUCCCGAACCUGAUGGAUAA